GAUUAACCUGAAUUUGGAGACGAGCAGCAGUGGCUUUUUCUCUGCAGGUAGGAAAGAAAUGGCAACUCCUCAUUCCAAUGGUGACGCUGCCACCGAGAUUGUGUUCUUCGACUUGGAAACGACGGUACCCAGAAGAGCCGGACAGCGAUUCUGGGUCCUCGAGUUUGGAGCAAUUGUAGUCUGCCCAAGGAAACUCGUUGAGCUUGAGAGCUACUGUACUCUGAUAAGACCCGGGGACCUGUCUGCGGUUGCACUAAGGUCAAGGCGUUGCGACGGAAUAACUCGCCAGACGGUGGCCACUGCACCAAUGUUCGAGGACGUCGCCGAUCGGAUAUUUGGCAUCUUGAAUGGUAGAGUGUGGGCAGGACAUAACAUUCAGAGAUUCGAUAGCGCUCGUAUAAAGGAGGCUUUUGUCGACAUUGGACGUUCUGCUCCUGUGCCUGUUGGGAUGAUCGAUUCUCUGGGAAUCUUGACUCAGAAGUUUGGUCGUAGAGCUGGUAACAUGAAGAUGUGCAGCUGGAUGAAUGUCACCAGGAAUGUGCUGUGGUCAUCAGAUAGUAAAACGCAGCAGGGCUUCCAGAUGGCGACCUUGGCUGCCUACUUUGGGCUUGGGCAGCAAAAGCACAGGAGCCUAGAUGAUGUCAGGAUGAACUUUGAAGUCCUGAAGAACUGUGCCACUGUAUUGUUUCUGGAAUCAAGCCUCCCAGACGUCUUGGGUAGUAAUUCUAAACCCCAGGGCUUCACCACUGUUACAACUAGAAGCAGUAGUUUGAGAUCGUCAUAUGGAGGAGAAGAAACUAACAGGAAAUCCCCUCCUAUUCCUAUAGUACAUCAGAGAAGAGUUCCCUAUGCAAACGGAAGAUUUGGAAAGGUUACAGACGGAGUAAAGAAUCUCAUAUGCAGGGUCCAUAAGAACCAACCACUUGCACUUGGUAACUUCCUGAAGGCUUCCCAUUUUUUACUGAGAUAGCAAGGACGAGACUAUCCCCUUCAGCUCCAGAGAGAUGACUGUUGCGAGACAUUACAGAAAAAUAAGACCACAAAAGGCAUACUCCGGCUCGUUCACUGUACGUGGCUCUUUGAAUUUCGAUUUGGAGACAUCUUUUAACAAAGAUCAGACUUCAGAGACUCACAUUCCCAAGUCCCAGCAAAGUGUGGAGCACGAAAUCCAAUCGUUCAGAAUGUUUUAUCUCAACACUCAACAGUGGAAAUUGGGAUACACAUUCAAUGAUUCAAAUGUAAAUAUGUAAUCCGACCCACCCAGAAAAAAAAAAAAAAAAAAAAAAGUGUUUUCCUGUUUUUUCAUGUAUUCAUUCAUUUACACUUCAAUGGCAUUCUGUAAUUGCAUUUUUUGUUAAUAAGGGAAAUAAUCCACAAUAUUACGACGGGCAGCAGGACAGGAAACUCACCUGCGGUGACAUCAAGACAUGAAUCAAAGCAAAUCAAAAUGCACUCUCCCUGUUAAACAAAAUUCAAAGAAAAUCACAUUUACCAACUCUGACUAGAUCACAAGGAAGCCCCAUAUGCAACCCAGAGAACCGUUAGCUUUUUCCUUUAUGUUUGGUCCUGCAAUGGAAGAAUCUAUUUUACCUGAAAAGCUGAAACUUAAGUAGUAAUUCAAGCUUCCUUGAACACUAAGUGGCAGUAAACCAAAAUCAAAAUUUAUACAUUUCUUUAACUAAAGUUUACAAGUCCUUGUAGAUCAGGUUUCAAUUGCUUCUUUCUCUGACUAAUAAACCAUGUUUAAUGGGUAACGGAAUAGAUAAGAACCACUGUGAAAUCAACUGAAAUGAGAUUCACAAUUACGUACAUAAAAUGGACAAAGUAGAAUGCUUGGACAUGUACAAAGAGCUCAACAUCCAAAGUUAUUAAGAAAAUGAAGAACAAGGAAACCGUAACUUGACCA